AAUAUCUGCCCUGGUGAAAUACAUUUUAUUGUUCAUUUAUAAAAGAAAAUGUUGAGAGGAGCAUCUGCCAUUCGAUCUACAGCUCGUUUCACAGUUGGUAAAACCAACUGUCUUUCUGCAGUGAAACGAUCCUACAGCACCGAACAAAGUGUUCAAACCAACAAAGGCAGCAGUAUUGGAAAGAAACUUUUUUGGUUCACUUUACUUACAGGUACCGCUUAUUCCAGCGCUACCUAUCUUGCUUUAAAGAACGAAGCCUUUUACGAUACUUACACCACGUACGUCCCCGGUGGCGAAAAGUUUUUGGAUGUGUUGGAAGAUUGGGCUGCCGAUGACACCAUUCAACAUUACUUGAAUCAAGCCAAGGCACUCAAGGAAAAGACCGCCAGUCAAACCGAGACCAUCAGUCAAUUGGCCUCUGGGGCCACAGAAACAGCCCAAGAUUGGUAUGAAUAUGUAUCCGACACCAUUACUCAAUUACGAGGCUCUGAAACCGAGCCUGUUGUUGUUGGUAAAGGUCCUUCUCCCUCUGCCAACAACCGUUUCCGUCUCAAGAACAGAAAGCCUGAAGCUCUCUUUUCCAACAUCAUUCACAGCACCGAAACUACACCUUUACCUACCUUUGAAAAAUCUGAAGAAGAUGCUUUGAAUGAUUUCGCAAAGACCGUGUCUGGUCUUGUUCAAAUGUUGAAUGAAGCUGGUAUGUCCGGCCAUGCCAAGCGUCUUGUCGAUUUUGCUACACGUGAUAUUCAAAGUCUGGAUAAGGCAUUUGCUUUAAUUAAGCAAGAAUCUUCCAAGGCUCAAGAAGAAGUCAAGGCGCUUCAAAAGGAGCUUGAGGGUGCCGAAAAGCGUGUUGAAUCUCAUCGUCAAGAUGUAGCUGUCAAGGUCCAAAAGGCCAAUGAAACAGCUGAUGCCAAUAUCGCCUCUCAUGUCCAACAAGUGGAAUCUGAUAUUGCUUCUGAUGCUGCUGAGUUAAAGAAACAAUUCGAAGCCAUCCGUAACAAGGAAUUGACCUCUCAACGUCAACAUUUCUUGGGUCAACUUGAAAAGGAAUUGAAGAACAAGGCCAUUGAGAUCCAAGCCGACUAUGUCAAACAAGUACAAGAUCAAGUAGAGGGAGAGCGUGGAGGUCGUUUGUCUCAAAUUGAGGCUGUCGCUUCCAAACAAUCCGAUUUUGAAAAAUUAGCUUUUGCAGAUGCCGAACUUUUAGAUGACACACGUAAAGCACAUCAAUUGAUCGCCGCUAUUGAUGCAUUGAAGAGAGCAGCUCUCUGUGGUGAACAAGGUCAAUUCGAAUUAGAGUUAGCUACUUUGAAGCGCCUCUCAGCAAAGACUCCCUUUGCCAAGCUUGGUGAACGUCAAACCGAUGAAUUAAUCCAAUUAGUUGCUUCCAGUAUUCAACAACACGUUGCUCAACAUGGUGUUACUUCCAUCGCUAAGCUCGCUGAACGUUUUGAAACAGUCGCUCGUGAAGUUCGUCGCGCUUCCCUGAUACCUGAGCAAGAUGCCAACAUGAUCUCUCAUCUUCUCUCCAUUGUAUUAAGUAGUGUUAUGUUCACAAAGAAGGGUCUUGUUGCCGGUGAUGAUAUUGAAUCCAGAUUGGCUCGUGCUGAACACUAUCUCAACACUGAUAAAGAUUUGGAAAGUGCUGCUAGAGAAAUCAACCAAUUGUCCGGCUGGCCCAAGCGUUUAUCCCUUGAUUGGUUAGAUGAAGCUCGUCGUCAUUUGGAAGUUAAGCAAGCUUUAGAGAUUUUAAGAUCACAAGCUGCUUUGAUUAGCAUGUCGCAAGCAAAAUAGAGUAUAUGCAUUUAAAAUUUCAAACAAAGCAUUAAAAAAAGGGACGGCAGUAACAAAGAAACAAAAAACACUGUAAAAAAAAUCAGACACUAUAAUAAAUGAUGUUCGGAUACAAAACUUGUAAAGGUACUAAAACGGUGACCCAACUCUCUAUCACAUACAUCUCAAUAUGUUCUAAAACGUCUUCUUUAAAUCAAAUCAUCUGCGGUGGUAUAUCGUUUGGCAAGCAGUCUCGAUGUUGUGCUUGAUCUUGAGCCAAACACCCGAAAGUAGGAAAACGCUGAUUAUGGAUCUGAAAUGCACUCAGAUUCAGUUUUUUAAACAAUGAGUUUUUGAGGCUAUUUAAAUUAUUGCUAGCAAAACAUAAUAUGAUUACACUUAGAUUUAUUGGCAAAUGACUAUUUUUGCCAGUCUAUUUAGAUAGACGGGGUUGUUCAGAUGCGAUUUUAAUCUAUCCAAAUUCAAUUGUUGU